AUGGAGUCUAUUAAGAGCGGUUUACAGGCUGCAGAGGAUGCUCUGCUUGGUCAUAAGUCAGGACAAGAGCCCGUCUCUGGUGUCAAGGGCCGUGGCACUGCAACUGAUCCCUAUGACGGUGGUAAUGCUACCAAUCAACCAAUGGAAACACAAGGAUUGGCGGGUAAACAUGCCGCUGGCCAACAACCAUACGGCAGCAACAGGGUCGACGAAGGCGUUAGCGGCUUCGAUGAUACCGCUGGUAGGGCCGCUGGAAAGCAUACGACAAGUGGGCAUACUUCUCAAGAAAUUGGACGUGGUCCCGGGCAGUCAACCCACGGCACCACCGGAAGAGUAGACGAGGGUAUUAGUGGUGUUGGUGGAGAGAGGACCGGAUACGGUGAUAAACCCCUUCGCUCAGAGAUGCAGCAAGGAGAUGAAUACUCUUCGACCAUGGGCACAGGCCAACAUACUUCAGCUAGCAGAAUGACCGGUAGUGGAACUACUGCUGGAACGACUGGUGGUAUUAGCGGUGCUGCUGCCGGAAUUGCUGGCAGUGCUGGAGCUAUGGGUCAUGAUCAACAUGUAGGAAUGAGCGGCAUGAAGCAGCAAUCCGGUAUGACUGAAGGAGGUGGAAGAGCCCCUGGAUCAACCACCUAUGGUUCCCAUAUGCCAACUGAUACUUCUGGAGGCUAUGGCCAAGCAAAACAGUCGCAUCUUGGCAGCGAAUAUGGAAGGGAGCCAGGCGGUGGGGCUGCCCUCGGCUCUGGAGGUGUUACUGGUACAGGUCAUGGCAGUCAAUACCAGCAUCCUUCGGGGACAACGCAUGGACAGCAGGGUACCGCUAGCAGCAUGACUAGUGGCUCUGGCUAUGGUGACUCCCAGGAAUAUUCCUCCAAUAUGAAGCAUGGCCAGUCAACUGGAACUGUGCCAGGUGGAAGCAGCUCUGGCACCGCUGGGCACGGGCCUUCAGAUGUUAGACACGGAAUACCUUCCACCAGCCACAUGGGUAGCAAUGUUGGGGGUGAUACUAGUGGCUCAGGCUAUGGUGGAUCUCCAUACUCAUCCGAGAUGAAGCAUGGAGCUCCCUCUGCCGGCUAUGGUGAUUCCAAAGCAACAUCCGGGGUGGCUCAAGGAACAUCUACUACAGGUCACACUGGCAGCCAUAUUCCAAGUGGCACCAGCGGUCAGGGCUAUGGUGAUUCCAAAGCAACCUCUGGGAUGACUCAGGGAACUACAGGUCACACGGGUAGCGGUAUGCAAGGCGGUACCAGCGGUUUAGGUCAUAGUGGUUCUCAACAUCCAUCUGAGAAGCAUGGAGCAACCUCUACCGGCUAUGGUGAUUCCAAAGCAACUUCUGGGGUGACUCAGGGAACCACAGGUCACACUGGCAGCCAUAUUCCAAGUGGCACCGGCAGUUCGGGCUAUGGUGAUUCUAAAUACCCAUCCGAGAUGAAGCAAACUGGCCCUACCACUAGUCAUACCACCAGCGGUAACAUGGGCAAGUCCACUGAUACUGGCUAUGGCGGCUCACAGCCUUCCUCUACAAUGAGACAUGAUGCUCCAACUUCUACCACCAGUAGCCGAACUACUGGCGGUGUACCGGCUGGUACAGGGGAAACUCCAGUCAAAAGCACAGGAUUCGCAGCAGAAGGCGGAAAUUUUGAUGCUACCAAACCAGGUGCUGGAAAAGAGGCAGACCGUCUUAUGGAUGAACACCCCUCCAAGGCCGGCCACGGUAACAUUGGCACCACCACCAACGAGCCUUACAUCGGUACUCAAGAAGCACAUUCCUCCCAUAAAGGUGGUAGUAUUGCGCAGAAAGCUAAGGAAGCUCUUCAUAUUGGAAAGCACAAAACUUAA